AACAGAGCGUGUAGCAAUGCGAGAGCAUCUCGGUGGGCGUAGCUGCUUGCCUGAUGUGCCUUUGCACGUGUGUGCACAGCCACGUGUCUCUGUUUUUCUCCCUGUAUGUUUCUUCGCUUUCUCUUCAUUGGCUUUACUUGCAGCCACCUGCCCUCGAGCAAUCUGCUUUACCAACCGACCCUCGCCCUGGGCUGCAUGCUGCUGGGAAUCCUUAUCCUUCUACCUAUCUGCCUGCCAUGUGUUGUGUGUGGGGGUUGUAAUGCACCCCCAGCCUUUCUCUCGUGGUGCGACUGUGUUGGCACCGGCAACUGCCUGAUGUCCCGGCAACGAGGAGGAUGCUUGAACGUUUGAAUCCAGGUGAUUUCAGGUGUCUUCGGGUCUGCAAGAACAACCUGUUCCUUGUUGCAUCUAACACAGUCUCUCGUUCCAGCCAGAUCACCAUGGAAGCAGGGGGGACAUGGACCGGGAAAGGCUACGCUGCCCCAUGGAUGUACCACAGUGUGCCUGGGCAGUACACGCUCUUGGAGAAACAACUCAUCUCUGACUUGUCCCCCUACCGGCGCCGCCCCAUCUCCCGGGUGCUCCAGGACUCCACCAACUGGCAUAAUGCGCAGCUCCCACCUCGCUGGGGCCUGCCGAAGCAGGAGAGCCAGUGGCUUUCUGGGAAGGACUUGAGCAGGGCAACCUCAUCCCCAAAGGCCCAAAGGCAGCAACCACUGUGGCCGCCACCACAGUGUAGCCCCACUUACGAAGGCCUGCGCCCAAUCUCUAUGAGGGAUGGGAGCUGGGGAGCAAACAGCCCUCCAGAAGGGGAUGUCCCCAUAGGCUUCCUUGCUGGAGGCUCAUUUGCUGCUGGUCCAAACUGCCAUUGGUAUCCUGGGGGAACCUCUGCAAAGAAUAGGGUCAAUCCUCCUGCUCGGGCCCCUCCAAGUUAUGAAGCCCAUAUGCUGUUGCGCCUCCGGGCUGGGCAAGGCCCCCGCAAAGAAAACUGGCCUCAUCCUCCACCUUAUGUUGCUCCACCAUCUUAUGAGGCACCCCACCGCACAGUCCGGCCCCAGUCCAAGCUUUUGCCAUGCCAGCGUCCACAUAAGGAAGCUUUAACAGGAAAGCAGAUCCAAACAGUGGGGCCCAAGAAGUAUGGGGAGAGAGUAACAGGGACCUGUGAGACAGGCGGGUCAUUGAGCCAUGCUCCUGGCAGAAAGGCAGGGAGGCGCCAGGUUAAAAUCCCUGGUAGCUGGAGCUACCUCUCUGGAGCCAGCACAUGGGGUGGCCACCGGAGGGAGCCACAAAGGUCAGAGUCCGCCUAUGGCCUGAUGCCCAGUUGGGACACGAGCCCCCAACAUCAAAGCCACACUCUCCCUCGAGUAAGUAAGAGGAAUAAGGGGCUGCCUGUGCCCGUGCCUUGUCCUCCUCAGCACACACUCCCAGUGGGUUGGGGCUUUAGCCACGCAGUAGGUUGGGCCCCCGGAGAUGUGCAGGAUGGUGGGAGCAAAGUGGGAGAUAAGCACAGCAGAACCAUCUUGCCCAAGUGGAAGGAGCCAAGCCAUGCCAGGGACCCAGGGGGGAGCCAGGGGUCGCUUUCAAAGCUGGUGUCACAAAAGCGUGGUGGUCUCUUUGUCAUUGAUGCCACAUGUGUGGUCAUCCAGGCCCACUACAUCCCAGCUCCCCGGACAGAGCGAGUCCGUUAUUUGGGCCAAGAGGGAAUGGACAAGGUCAAGGCUCCCUUGUCCCCUGGUCCUGUAGCUCCGGCCUCAAUGGAGGAGCGUGCUGCUCGUAUCCUGGGCCUAUCUGUGAGUGAACUGGGGUUCACAGAGGUAGGGAAAGGUAAAAAUGUGGGACCCGGGAUGCCCGAGCAAAAGCUUAACAAGGGCUCUACAGCCGACCUGGCUGUGUCCAAGGAUAUCUGUGGAGCAGGGCAGCAUAAAGGGGCUCCUUCUCCCCCAGCCAGCCCUAAGGAAACAACCAUACUCACCCCAACUCCCAAUAAUUUCCAGAUAGAGCCUACACAGCAGGUGCUGCAUAACCCCGAGGAAACAGUAACACCAGCAGUUCCUUGCCAGGAAAGUGGCUGUGCUCAACUACAGCGAAAGGAAGAACCAGAACCAGAACCAGUGUUUUCCCCACAGAGCAGGUCUUAUGCCCUGGAUCUGAAAGAAGCCAUGUCAAGAAUCCGCCGGCACACAGCCCCAGAUUCAGACACGGAUGAGGAGAUAGAGAAAGAUUGCCAGCCGGUCUGUGGGCGACCAGCUGAGUGGCGAGGGCGGCUGAAUGAAGGGGCUCUCUCUUACAGCAGCAGCAGUUUAGACAGUAGCAGUUCCAAUGCCACGGUGGUGCCAGGGAAUGCUACUCCUACCCCGAGAAAUCAAUCAGAACAGCCCCCUGUGUGUGAAGGAAGCCACACUGGUCCAGGCAGUGCAGUGGCCAUGAAGACAGAUUAGAAGAAAAGACUGUGGAAUAAUUUGGAGCCUUCAUUCGCCCCACUUUCCCAAGUGCCUGGUUUCCCCAUGCCUCUGCCUGCUCCCCUUUGCCAGAAGCUCAGGGACAUUGGUGGAUUGUAGGGGAUGGAAAGAUACACAUGGUCGUAAGCCUCUCCAGGACUGUAACUAUGGGGGCUCCUAAAUGAUGGCAUUUCACUCUCACCCAGUAAUUCCAUACCUUUAAAGCAUUCCCAAUUAAUUGGAAAGCCCGAUUAAUCCUCUGCCACCCCAUGUUUUAGGAGCCCCUGGUGGCAUAAUGGAUUAAACCCUUGUGCCAGCAGGACUGAAGACCAACAAGUUGGAUGUUUGAAUCUGGGUAGGGUGCAGAUGAGCUCCCUCUGUCAGCUCCAGUUCCCCAUGUAGGGACAAGAGAGAAGCCUCCCAUAAGGAUGGUAAAACAUCGAAAACAUCCAGGCGUCCCUUGGGCAAUGUUUUUGCAGACUGCCAAUUCUCUCACACCAGAAGUGACUUGCAGUUUCUCAAGUCGCUCCUGACAUGGAAAAAAAACCCAUGUUUUCAGCUGCUUUUAAAAUGCUGCAGUUUCUCUUCCUUGCUCCCUCUUAUCCCUUUUACCCUCAGCUUACUUCACUUGCUACUAACUGAGCUCAAAAUACAGACAUAGUUUGGAGUCAACUAAUCUGACAGAAGGAAAUUGAAAGGAGAGUUUCAGGCAAAAGCAAAUGGCUCCAGCCUCUCUUAGCUUAUGUGCUCGUCCGCAUUAUAACUUCUCCAAUACUGAUUGUUGAUAUGUUGCGUGACUGCAUACGUUCUGCUUUCAAUUUUGAAAUGUUGGAUGGGAUGGAAUUCUGUCCCCAAAGUGACAUUUUCAAGAAGUCCUCAAAUCUCUAGCACUGCAGAGCUGGGCAUCAAAACCAAUGCACACCUAGAUUUUUUUCCAUUUGCUGUGUUUGUUUUCCUUCGGUAAAUUUGCCUGCUCCUUUUCUCUGGGUGCCCUAACUGUAUUUCUAAAUGCUCAACUAAAAUGAACAUUACUCCUUUAGUAUAAAUUUGGGGACUAAAGAAAAAUUUCAUUUUAGGGGGAACAAUUUUUCUAUUGGGGAAGGAGGCAGCAAUGCCUUCAUUCAUCCCUCCUCCUUCAUAUCUACACCCAUGGCUUUCUCCCAGCUGUGCCCUGUAUUCUGUGUGCAAAACAGCAACAAAGGGAUCUCCACACAAUCAGGGGGCAAUAAACCUCUGACUACUCAAUAACGACAAGAGAAGCCAUCACCACAGUACCUUAUAAUAUCAAACCUCCCCACCUAGCCUUAGUUGAGGACACAAGCACUGCCUGGCGAGAAGAGGGACUCCCUUUGGCUUCAUCCUGAUUGCAAAUGUUGACCUUGCAGUGGGCAAUAAACCUGCCAAGACCUUUUCUGCUUCUCUGUUUCUGUGCGGCUAUUGUAAGAAAUUCUAUGUGUGUGGGGCAGUGUUAUGAAUAGUGGAUAUAAUAAUAAAGUUAUGUUAAUCUGAGAAGUUGAGAGAUGGAUUCUCUA